CUGAUCAGAUAGGCGCAUGAGAACAACAAAAGACAGUGUCUAUGAGUGUAAAUAGUUCAAAGGAAGCAUUAUUCGUUAUUGACAUACUCCAUCUAGUACAGGAGUUGGAUAAAGCAAUUCAUUGACCGUUAGGCAGUGUUAAGAUUAAUCUAUUCCUUUUUUAUUGUUUUACAAAAAGCAAUUGUUUUGUUUUGUUUUUUUCCCCUGUAAACCUUUCAAUCGCUACGUGGGGUAGUUGAAUGCGCCACCCGUGUCACGCAAUGCGUCGCAGUUUUUACGCUUAGCAACCCCCAUAAUCAUAAAUUUUUGAAAAUAAAUGCAAUCGCCAAUUGUGAUUUAUUUUGAUUCUUAACUUCUAUGUUGUAUAAAUGAAGUCCAGCUCAUUUAAGUUGUCCAAACCCUGGACAGAGGAAGAGGCACUCAUUAUCAGAAAACUUCCCAAGGAACUUCUGCUGAGAGUUUUUUCCUUUCUGGAUAUUGUAUCCUUGUGCCGCUGUGCUCAGGUAGCUAAAUACUGGAAUAUUUUAGCUCUAGAUGGGAGCAAUUGGCAAUAUGUAGAUCUUUUCAGUUUUCAGCGUGAUGUAGAGGGAGUUGUGGUUGAAAACAUUGCUAAACGUUGUGGUGGUUUUCUGAAGCAGCUAAGCCUUAAAGGUUGUCAAUCAGUAGGAGACUCAGCUAUGAGAACCUUUGCUCAGCAUUGCAACAACAUUGAGGACUUAAAUCUCAAUCAAUGCAAACGAAUCACAGAUAGCACCUGCUUGGCUUUGAGCCGCCAUUGUGUCAAGCUUCAGAAACUAAACCUUUCCUCAUGCCCUGCAAUAACAGAUCAAGCAUUGAAAGCCCUGGCAGAUGCUUGUCCACAGCUAAUUUACAUUGACUUGUCAUGGUGUGAUUUAGUUUCUCAACAUGGUGUUGAAGUGCUCGCCAAAGGCUGUUCCGGUUUGAUGACUUUUCUUUGUCGGGGGUGUGUCUUGAUUGGGGACGACGCUUUGACGCACCUAGCUCGAUUUUGUUCGCGAUUGCAUACUGUGAACAUUCAGGGUUGUUUGGAGGUUACUGAUGUCGGCGUGGCUCGACUUGCCCGUAGUUGUCCAGAAAUGCGUUAUCUUUGCCUUUCCGGCUGUGGACACCUGACAGAUGCUACUCUGUCAUCUUUAUCACAACAUUGCCCACAUUUAGCUACCCUUGAAGUGGCUCGUUGCUCCUUAUUCACAGACGUGGGAUUCCAAGCAUUGGCGAGAAAUUGCCACUUGUUGAAACGGAUGGACCUUGAAGAAUGCGUACUAAUAACUGAUGCGGCCUUGAGUUACUUGGCUUCCGGGUGUCCUCGUCUAGAAAAACUGAGUUUGUCACACUGUGAGUUAAUCACAGACGAAGGAAUCCGUCAUGUUGGAAUGUCACCAUGUGCAGCGGAGCACUUGGCCGUUUUGGAGCUCGAUAACUGUCCACUCAUUACGGACGCGGCAUUAGAUCACCUCAUUUCGUGUCAUAGUUUACAGCGUAUUGAACUCUACGACUGCCAACUAAUAACUCGGGCCGGAAUUCGUAGAUUAAGGAGUUAUUUACCCAACGUCCGUGUUCACGCCUAUUUCGCUCCAGUCACUCCGCCUCCUUCUGUAGGCGGUUCUCGUCAGCGCUACUGUCGCUGUUGCAUCAUCCUCUAAAAUCGCAUGAUGUUUCCUUACAAUUCCAAUCAUCAGUCGCUUGACCUGCAACUAAAUUUUAUUACAUACAAAAUUUGGCUUUUAGUCGUCUAGCAGCUAGGAGACUGACAACGGAUGGAAAGAGUGAAAAAUCAUUCGACCUAUACCUCCUUUAUACAUAACGUUCUGUCACAUUAUACCCUUCGUUGACAUAAUCGUGUCGCUCUUUGUUGUUUCUUAUUUCUCAAAUGAAUCAGAAUUGUACAGUAUUUAACCGAAAAAUGAUACAAGCGAUUUGAUCUUGA